AUGUGCGUUUACACGCAGCCUAGGCGUCGCAAGCUGGUCAAUACGCCGAAACGCAGUGGCACCGCCACCCGACUGGACAGGAUCGAAUCUUUGAUUUACGCCAUCGCCCAACAAAACGGUGUGGACCUUCCCGGUUAUCCAAACAACGGCAGCGCUGCUGCAUCGUCAGAUAAUUCAGAUGGAGAGUCAGAUGACGCAAAUCAAGACGACUGCGAAGACUCCCUGGACGAGUCAGACUCAAUGGGCUCCAGACCGAACGCUUUGGCUUCGCUUGGUGACAACUGCUCGAUGCUGAAGGAAGUUAACGACGACGGUCAUUUUUACACGCAUGCGUUGUCGGGAACGUUCCUCAGCCAAAACAGUUUGAAAUGGCUCGAGAAUAAAAUUGACGACCCCGCAUUAUUUGAGCGACUGAGAGCGAGCAUCCAGUCGCUGUUUGUACAGCAGCAGCAUCGUCUUCACCUAUACUCUGAGAAUAUUUUGAACCCAAUGGCACUCGACCUCGAGUUUUUGCGCUCCGCUCUUCGGUAUUUUGCCGCCGCCAAUAUCCCGUUCAUUAAUGUGUUAUUAACCCCUCGCGAAGCCGAGGAAUACUCCAAGAGUAAAUGGGAUGCCUUGUCGUUGUCUGACCGGUUUCUCGCUUGUUCUGCCACCUCCCUGAUGGCAUUUUGGAUGGGCCGUGAUGAAGUGUCGAUGGAUCUCAAGUACUCACAGGAAUAUUUGCAGCGCCAAUCUCGUUUGUUUAUGAGCCAUGCCGGCAAAUACGCUCAAACGCUUACUCUUGCGGUACCCAGCACCGCCAAAAUCCGAGGUUAUGCUAUGUUCGUUAUGGCGUUGGACAAACUCCAAAUGCCGCCGGCAACUUCCUUCUAUUCGAUGCUCACCAUGAACCUCGCUAUGAUUAUGGGCAUGAAUCGAACAGAGACUUACAGGGGUAUGUCGGAAGAGGCCAAAGAGCGACGAAAAAUCGUCUGGUGGCUGGUGUAUGUUCUCGAACGCGAUAUGGCUAUCAAAAUGGGCCGCCCGCCAAUGAUCCCAGAUUCAGAAAUCUCGGUAGAAAUGCUAGAUAGGCGGGAAGGCAACAUCCAGAACGUCUGUAUUUCAAAUUUUAUCCACCUCGCUCGAAUCUAUAGUAAGGUUUACCGGAAGCUAUUCGCAGUUCCUGCUCAAACGAAAUCAAGAUCCCAACACUUUCUUGAUAUCAUAUCAUUGUCACAUGAACUGGACGCUUGGAAAGAAAAGCUCCCCCCGAAUUUACAAAUCACAGAGAAUGGUGAUUUUGUAACCGACUCAAACUCUAUUUCUGACAUGACAACGAAAAAGCUGGUGAUCUGGAUUCAUACCUGUUAUUAUGAAGUCAGCACCACAAUUCACCGAAUCCCCGCUUUCUCGACCUCAGCUGUGCAGGCUUUCUUAAAGCGUCAACAAGAUCCUAAUCGAGCUGCCGCAUCGGCGAGCCAGCCUAGUGGAUCCACACCCACUGAAAUCUCUUUAUCUGAUGAAGAUAUGGCUAUUCUUCUGAAUGCAAGAGACGUGUGUCGAGAUGGUGCAAGGCAGAUUCUACGCUGCGCAAAGCAUAUUUCUGCGGUCGGCUGUGGGUCCCUUGUGUCAGGUUCCAUUUUGUUCUUGACCAGUGCGUUCAUUACACUGUUUGCAACAAACAUGACUGAUCCCUUAGGCCCCUCGUCCAUUGCUGACCGCGAGCUGAUGCAGGAAUACGUUCCCCUGUUCUCAAUGCAAAAACUUGAUUAUAUGUAUGGCCAACACCCUGUCAGUGAAUUCUGGUCGGUCAUUGUCGAGAUCCUUCACAGGUACCAGAUCCAGGCUGCCCGAGGUGACAGUGACGAGCUUAAAGAAGAGGGCAAGCCGGACGCCGAAGUAACCCCACCAGUUGCUCCCAUUAACAAUCAUCCAAACGUGCCGCCGUAUCCGGGCUUCUCAUCGAGCGAUCCCAACUCCUUGCGACCCAAUCACCAGUUGCCCCACGAACAAGCAAACGAACAGCAGCUGCCAGCACAUGGUCAAUUCAAUUCGAACGAUCCGUGGGUCCACGACUCGAUACUUUUGGAUCCCCAGGUCGAGGGAAAUGUUAAUUGGUUGAUGCGGGACGCCUACGACGGAAUAUUUCAACAGCCUGGAGAAACCAACACUCCCAACUUUGGCGAGCUGGCUAGCGAUAUGUACAUGAUGUCCGGAUUUUACGGUGUCUAA